UCAUGUAAUCAUAUGCUUCUGGUCCUAAUAUAUGUCCCUACACACAACCACACAGAGCGAGAGGGCAGAGUUGUAUUGUAAGCUAGUAGCAGAGAGCGCCAGUGAGCAAAGGCAGAGUGAGUAAGCUUUCUCCGCGACUCCUUCGGCUCAGCUCAAGGGGGAGAGAGUUCUUUUCUUUCGUCCCCGCCGAUAACAACUCUCUCUCUCUCUCUCUCUCUCUCUCUCAGCACCAGUCCCACUCACCCACCACUCGCCUUUUGCUCUCCCCCCUCCUCUUUUUCGACUCUCUUCUCCUUUCUUCUCUUCUUUGUACUCUUUCUGUCUCCUUCUCUCUUAAAAUAUUCUUACUUCUCGUAGUCUUCGCUGCACCCCUCAUCUCAUUUCCUCAUCUUUUCAUCAUCUUUCUGUGCUUGUUCCCUGCCGACCUUCCGUCGUCAUAUUCUUUUGCCAUAUUACAUAUUCCCUCGUUAUGCCUUCUGCUUUUGGGUUGUGUUUUCCGGUGAAUCAGAACCAAUUCCGGAGCAAGAAGCAGGAGAAAUCUGCGUGAAUACCCGAGAACCCAGCUCCAGGGUCAAGAGUUGACACCAAAAGAAAAAAAAAAAAAGACUAACCAGAGAGAGAAAGAUGACUUUGUAGAGGUGUUUGACAGUUUGUUUGUGAAAAGGGAGUUGAAACCGGGGAAAAAGAGGAGUUAGAAAGCUAAGCAGACAUCGAACUUCGAACUUCGAAGGGCGGGCGAGCGAAGAAAUAUUGGAGCUGAAGCUUAGAUAAAAGAAAAAAGAAAGGCGUUUGACCGAAGAAAUCGAGGCGGGUGAAGACUUGGUUUAUUCCUCCGAAGAUCCAAACUUUACAGUGAAACGAAGAAACCUUUAUCAAAUUCAAGCAAGAUCUGCUUCGGAAAAAAGUGAAGAGCAACUAAAUUCUCCUCUUACUUCACGUUCACGUGAUCCCAUCUACAAACCAGCUGCGGUACUCCCUCGAACCCCGAAAAAUCGUCCUGUUUUCAUUUUGGAACAACCCCGAAAUCUCGUCGUCGGUUUGGGUUCCGGCCGGCGAGCAAGGCUCAAUCCCUCAGGCUUCCAGCUUAGCUCUGAGCGAACUCCAGAAGAUUGAAAGAAGAUUUUCUUUGAUUCGAUCUCUAAAUCAAAUCUCUGAAGCCUGGCGAGAAACCUUGAAUUGCAUUCAUCAAAACAUAAUAUACAUACCAAGAAGGCUGCAUAUCCAGAGUAUAGAGUCUCUGAAGGUGGAAUUGCACCAUUUCUCUGUUGAAGUACAGCUUUGCUCCUGCCGCUUCACCGUCAUUGGUUGCCGAGCUGAGAUUUUGCACCUGUAACACAAAGCACCAAAAGAAGGCAGCAAAGAACAAAAAAGAGAGAAAAAGAAAGAGUUCGAACAGAAUAUUUGUAUAAGACUUACUACUGUGAUCGAUGGCAUCGUCGUCUAGUUCUCCCUGUGCCGCGUGUAAAUUUCUCCGGCGUAAAUGCCAUCCGGAGUGUGUGUUUGCACCGUACUUCCCACCGGACCAGCCACAGAAAUUUGCAAACGUACACAAGGUGUUCGGUGCAAGCAACGUAACGAAGCUGCUAAAUGAACUGCACCCACACCAGCGCGAGGACGCUGUGAAUUCACUGGCUUAUGAGGCCGACAUGCGCUUACGAGACCCCGUUUAUGGCUGCGUCGGUGUCAUCUCACUGCUCCAGCACCAACUCCGCCAGCUCCAGAUGGACCUUAGCUGUGCCAAGUCCGAGCUCUCCAAGUACCAGAACGUUGGCAUCACAAGCCAUGGCCUUAUCGCUGCCGCGGCUGCCGCUGCGGCCGCUAGCACCCACAACCACCCCCAGAUUGGGAUUGGGCUUCUGGGUGGUGGCCGCGACCACCACCAUCAUCACCAGUUCUUUACUAGGGAUCAACAGCAAAUGAUCCGGGCUUUUGAUGCUAACAGUGCCUAUGAUGCAAGCCUCGUCGCCAUGAACGUAUCAGCAAGCCUCGGCCAGUUGGGUCAGUUCCAGCAGGCUAGAGCCGCAGGUGGUGACGAUCUCCGGAGCAUUGGACCCUCUUAGGGUUACCUCUCUAUGGAUCAUAUACUUACCCCAGUUCAUCUUACUGGUCUGAAAGAAUGAUUUUGAGAGAGAGAGAGAGAGAGAGAUGAAAUGCAUCAAAGAAAUAUGGGUUGAUAUGAAUAGUUUCCAUAUAUACAUUUCUUGGUUUUCUAAAUUUCUCUCUUUCGUUGUUUCCAUCUUCUUUUCUAUCACCUCUCUUUCUUCCGAGACUGUACUCUUGCUGCGAACUAAAGUAACAGUAACAAAGAUUUGUAGGACCUCCUCGAACAUGCGCCGUGCGCACUAGUUGUUGUUGUUUUUCUUUCUUUAUUUGUUUUCUCCACUUGCUUUACAGAGUUGAAUGGAUGGAUCACUAUCGGUAUAAGCCAUGGUUGCACCUUAGUUCCAUAUUUACAUCCUAACAUUCACUAUGUACUAUGUUU